UGAUGCAUUCUCCGUUCCACAAAAUACGUCCUGGCGCUCAGUUUCUGAAUGGCCUCUCGCGAAAGUGGUCGCCUUACUAAUCUCUCGGCAAUCAUGAGUUCCUUGCAAUUGGGGAUACGGGCGCUGGUCGCUCUCUGUACGUUUGUGGCCCUGUCGGGUGCUCAAGAUCAUCCCACUGUUACCGUACAACAAGGGGUUCUGGUUGGAACAACCGAGACCUUCCAGGAGUCCCGGUUCAUCAACGUGAACAAGGACGUCGAUGUCUUCAAAGGGAUACCGUUCGCUGAGCCGCCCGUGGGGCCUCUGCGAUUCAGGCAUCCGGUGGCUAAAGAGCCAUGGGACGGUACUUACAACGCCACGUACUUCAGAGAUGCUUGUAUUCAGGACCCGGCGCAGUUAUUCGGUGCAUCAAGCAGUGAAGACUGCCUUCAUCUCAAUAUCUAUGCACCGAAACCAGCCGUGCCAGGUGGCGCUGCUGUUAUGGUCUGGAUACACGGCGGAGGUUUCACUGCUGGAUCUGCUGUCCUGGCAACUUAUUCGGGGCUACCAUUGGUUUCUGUUGGUGAUGUCAUUGUCGUCACCAUUAAUUAUCGUCUGAACGUAUUUGGUUUUCUGACAACAGGUGGUGAGGCUUUGCCAGGCAACCUUGGGCUCCUGGAUCAAGUCAAAGCGUUGGAGUGGAUCAAAGAGAACAUUGGUGCCUUUGGCGGAGACAGCAACCGUAUCACCAUCUUCGGUGAGAGCGCUGGAGCUGCCAGCGUUAGUUAUCACCUACUCUCCUCGCACUCCAAUGGUCUUUUCAACCGAGCUGUACUACAGAGUGGCACAGCAUUUGCACCGUGGGCAUUUACCGACAACAGAGACAUGCCUCGCCAGCAGAUCUCAGACUUAGGGGAGAAGCUAGGCUGUAGCACGGCCGAGGGCGAGGCUCUGGUGCAAUGCCUGAGAGAUAAGGACGCCUUAGCUCUCUUCGGAGGAAUAGACCUGUUAACCUUCCGCUCGUUCGUGGUGGUUGACGGGACCUUUUUAGUGGACACACCGGCCAACCUCUACGCUACCGGUCGGUACAACCAUGCGGACGUUCUCCUUGGCACAAUGAAGGAUGAAGGCACACUGCCCCUCCUCUACCUUCCAAACAUUGAGAGUUACCUGACCUCAGAGGUAGCCCCCACUUUCAGGAGACAGGAUUUCGAUGACAUUGUCUCUUUUGAGCUCUCAAGCUUCUUAGGUGGAAAUAAUGAACAACUUCACAACGCGAUCCGAAUGAAGUACACAGACUGGUCCCGAGCUGACUACGAUGAUUACGAUUACUUCCGAUCGUACGUGGAAUACGCAACAGACUACAACUUCGCCUGUGGGACCGACCAAGUAGCACGCUUCCAUUUCCAGGGGGGCGACAAUGUCUUCUUAUAUCAGAUGACACACGUCCCGUCGGUGUCAAUCUUCAGCUUCUUUUUUGGAGACAGCAUACAGUGGCUCGGUAGCGGCCAUGGCGAAGAUAUUCCUUUUGUCUUCGGCUCGUCCCUCAGUCCGGAACUUGGGCCGCUGUUUACCGCCUUAACAGAUGAAGAAAGAAUGUUGUCGGUCGAAUUCAUGAGAUUCUGGACAACUUUCGCGAAGACUGGAAACCCGAGCUCUGGGAUUUCUCCGUUCGCGCGAGAUUUCUGGCCUCGGUUCACCGUCCCUGAGUUGGAGUACAAGGUGCUCAGCUUAAAUCUGACCACAUCCAGAGCACUCAAGAGCGACCAGUGUUACUUCUGGAAUACCUACGUACCGCAGCUCAGGACCAUGUUAGCCGAUCUGGACGUUGCGGAGCGUGAAUGGAGACAAGCCUUCAGUACAUGGAAGUACACGGACCUGGCAGAUUGGAGGAAGGGAUUCACCGAGUAUAAAGCAAUUAACAUGAAUUAAUGGGAAACCUUCAAGUAUAUAGGGACGAACCUUUUCAGUUGAGGUAUACCUAUCAGGUCCCGAUUUAGUUCAAACACGUUUGUUUAGGGCGAUUAGAUUUGUUCUUUUUGCUUUUACUUCUUCAAUGUUUGUAUGAUUUAACUUUUAAUGACGUAAUCAUCCCAUAAUACAGGUACUCGUAUGAUUCAUUCAUAUUAUUCAUACCCGAGAUUGAUCAUUUAGAAGCUUUUAAUUUCAAGAGGUUUUGUUUCAAUGACACAACAUCCAAAAUAGCGAACCUUGUAUUGAGAGAGAUGAAAUUACACACUUGAUGAGUAUACCUGCGUUUGGGAUUAGUUAUAGGAUCAAUUCAGUAACUAGGAACUUACGAUUAUUUAGUAACCUUUCUUUCCUUAGACGUCACGAAAAUUUUAUUUCACUGUGUAUUUCCUAACAGCUUGAGCGUUUAGUAUUUUAUCUGGUACACUUUUUUACUAUUUAGGAAUAAAAUCAUUUUGAAUAAAUAGAAACUGAUGAGGUAAUGGGCAUAAAGAAGGGGGAAGCUAGAACAUCCGGAAAAUGAGGAUGAAGAAAAAAAUCUUGUUCUGGGGGUUGAGAUUACUCGUGUGGCUUAAAAGUUCCCUCGAUAUAGUCGAGCAUUUACAACGUCUUAAAUUUGUACUGGCGUAGUUAUGACGCUAUUUUUACGAUAACAGAAAGAAACACCACUGUUUGUAAAACUUAAUCAACGAAAAGCAAAUGCAAAGGACACAACUUAAAAAAAAAACAUUUGGGGGUAAGCCCUGAAGUGUAUGAUCAUUCGGUAGACGGCACCGAAGGGUGCAACCUUGUAUUUGGGCCAGAAAUAUGUCCGCCGAGCUCAUUAAUAAAAGAUUCUAUAUUA